UGUGGGAGGUGACCGCGUUCGGCCUGUUCCUGACGGUGAUCAUGCUCACAGCGUACGGUGAGAGAAGCCCACUGGCUUACUACAUGACACAGAACGUGAAGGAACAGAUUGUGAAGGGAGACUUCUCAGAUGUCAAGGACUUCGAGUCAUUCUGGAGUUGGGUUCAACACGACCUGAUUCCGACAACACGUUCAGCAGAGUGGUACAAUGGGCAAACCAGGGCAGCAGACACAGUACUUCAGGACAUGUUAACUCAUCCCAUAGAGGCGGUGCAGUUAAGACAAGUACGGCUGAAACAGGGAAAACUUUGCGAAACACCACAGAGAAUGCAAGAUAUAACACCUCUCUGCACUGUGGGCAUCUCUAUACUGACGGAAGAUAUUGACGAUUAUACUCAGGGAUGGAAUCGUCGAAACGAGACCACAAACGUCACAGGUACGGUAACAUGUUCACCGACAUCACCAACAGCUGCUAGUACAGUGACCACGCCUGUCACAGGAGCAAACUGUACAAGCAAUCUAAUAACGGAAGAAAUGGAAACGCCUUGGAAGUACAAGUUUUCUUCGCUGAUUGACACAUGGCUCAUAUCACACAGGCGGUUACGUCACUCCACUGGGAAAGACUCGUGCAUCGAGUCAGCGUUUGUCAACAUUCUUACAGCAGACUGGAUGGUUAGAUGA